UUUCGGGCUCUCGACGCCGCGUAGACGCCUCCCGCCACUUCCGCUCGGGUGCUCGGCAUUUGGAAGCUGCAUGUGCUCGAGUCGGGGUGUGCAUGCAGCGUGCAUGUAUGCAGCAGCGAAAGGUGAUCUUGUCUAAUUGCUCGUGUUGAUGUUCUGCAUGUUCAGAUAAACAGACGGAGAAAGAGAGGCAACGGGGCGAGGCAGGGAGGCCUUAUAUAUACGCCCUCUAAUCAAUCCCUCGAUCAAUGGCUGCAAGUCAAAGUCAAGAGGUGCAUUCGAGAGGAAGUGACUAUCAAGAAGCUCAUCAGUUGACUGACAGCAUCAGUACUGCAGAGAGAAGGGCGACUGACGUCACCACACCUCAUUCUCUUGCUGGUGCAGCUGGAGGUGGAACGUUGAUAUCAGCAGGAAUCACUGACUCUGCACCUUCAUCUUCCGUUGACUCGAACAGACAUCAGGGCAUUCAGCUCUCUUGGCCGCUACCGGAUAGGUCGAGUGUUGAAGUCAAGUUCUCAGCAGAGAGCAUCUCGAAGCAAGCCCAGGCACCUGCAGUGCCAUCUCUGUUGUCAACAUCGAUGGCACAAGCAAGUCGAGCUCAUCAACAGAGUGCAGCGUUUGAUUAUCCAAUAUAUUCCUAUCAGGCGCAUUACCAGCAGCAAGCAGGCUACAGAUACCCAGCAACGUUUUCGUCGACCUACCCGAUGAGUACGAUGUACCAACCAGGGAGUCGAACUGCAAUUCUUGAUGUGCCUCAACCUCCUAUGGGAAAGGAUGUUCUAGUGUCUCCUGUGCUUCCUGCUGUUUAUCCGAUGGAGGAGAAGCGUUAUAUCUUGAGUGAACCACCGCCUUCGUAUCCAUUCAAUGAAUAUGGGUCCGGAUUUUCGGCACAAGAUGCUGGCUAUAGUGACUACUACGGAGAUAGGACUAGUGUGUCCAGCCUGUCGCCCACUCCUUUCGACAGUGGCAUGUCACUUCAGUCCCCGACUUCCUUACUGAGUGGACGAAAGCGUGCAAUGUCUGCUAGUGCUGCCGAAGGAAAACGGAUGAAUCUUGCUACUGCCAUGUUGCCAGGACUGAGCGAUCUUGAACCAAAGAGAGUCUUCAUCUGGGAUUUGGAUGAGACAAUAGUCAUAUUUCACUCAUUACUGACAGGAACGUUUGCCAACAGAUUUGGAAAGGACGCCGCCAUGGCAGUUCAACUCGGACUUCGAAUGGAAGAGAUGAUCUUCAGCUUCUCAGAAACGCAUCUGUUCUUCAACGAUUUAGAGGAAUGUGAUCAAGUCCACAUUGACGAUGUCUCGAAUGAAGACAAUGGCAUUGAUCUGACUGCGUAUGACUUCCAGUCUGACGGCUUUAGCAGCUCGAAUGCGAGUGCCAUGAUGAUCGGCGGCGCAAGCAACACACGGGGCAGUCACGAUUGGUUCAAGAAGCUCGCAUACAGACACCGAAGAAUCAAGGAAAUGUAUCAACACUGUCAGAGCAAUUUUCCCGCCAUUUUAGGAGCUACAAAGUAUGAACAAUGGUGUCAACUAAGCACCGAAAUAGCCCAUUUCACUGACAAUUGGUUAGGAAUUGCUCUCAACUCAUUGCGAAUAAUUGACUCGAGACCAGGUAGUGUGAAUAUCCUUGUAACAACAACACAGUUGGUACCAGCUAUAGCGAAGACCUUACUGUAUGAACUCGGAGGUGUGUUCUCUGUCGAGAACAUCUAUAGUGCAGCAAAAGCAGGAAAGGACAGCUGCUUUGAGAGAAUAUCAGCUCGUUUCGGUUCGAAAUGUACAUACAUCGUGAUCGGCGACGGAAAAGACGAAGAGGCAGCAAGCAAAAAGCUUGGAUUGCCCUUCUGGCGUGUCGUGUGCCACUCCGACCUUCUCGCAUUGCAAACAGCAUUACAAAUGGGGCAUUUAUAGAUACCAAUUAUUUAUUGAUUUUAACUAAGCAAGCAACGAGUAAUUUACCGCUAAGAUUUAGAUUUAGUUCUAGCGGAUGGCACAGGCUUUGUUUAUGGUUAUUUAUUGCGCCGGCCUGUGCAAAGGAUCGAGAUAAGGCAUUUGAAGUGUUAGCACAGAAUUGUUGAUUAGUGGGGGCGUGGCGAUCGCUGCGUUGCCGUUUUACGUUAGGAAUUUUUGUUUAUUUUUGGAAAUUUUAAAAUUUGGUAUAAGAAGCAUUUUGUUGAAGGCA